AUGGCCUACAGUCAUAUGAGAUUCAUUGGACGGAUUGCUGAUACACUGAUAGACGCCGGACAUGAUGUAUUACUUAUUCAACCAAUUGAGAAUAUUUUUGUCCGCGGAUCAGGAAGUGAAAAAGCUCCUGUUUAUCCAAUAGAAAUAAGCAAAGAGGUUCAUGAGGAAGCUGAGAAGUUACAUCUAGGAGAGUACAUAUCUAAGCUUGUUUGGGAACACAAUCUUAGUCCAUUCACAUUAAAACAUGGAGCAGAAGCAUGGAAUCCCUUGUUGAGAUUAUAUGUAAAUGAUCUCAUGACUAACAUUACAAUGCUCGAAGAUCUGAAAUCUAUGAAGUUCGACGUUGGCAUAACAGAAUUGUUUGAUUUCGCUGCAUUUCCAAUCUUCUACAAAAUUGGUUUGAAAACCAUUAUUGGUGCUCAUUCAACGACAUUGAUGGAAGGAACAGCAUACGCUAUGGCUGUACCAACCAUUCCCAGCUUCAUACCACCUGUUGUCGGAUUAACUGGUGACAGCACGUCGUUUUGGAAUCGUAUGAAGAAUGUCGUCAUGACAUAUGAAAGUAUGAAAGCAUCAUAUCUGUUUGCAGAACCAGCUGUAACAUAUAUGGCUGAAAACUUUCCUGAAGCUCCCUCCUGUUGGGAUAUAGUAGCUGAUAUUCCAUUAGUGUUUGUGAAUACUGUACCCACAUUGGAUUAUCCACGUCCAUCAUUAGAACAUAUAGUUAGCAUUGGAGGAAUAACAAUGGAAAAGAGCAAAAAAUUAGAUAAAGAAUGGGAUGAUAUUAUGAAUUUACGUCAACACACAGCUCUGUUCUCUUUUGGAAGUAUUUUUCCGCCAUCAACCAUGUCUUUGGAGAUGAAGCUGAAUAUCAUAAAAAUAUUUGGAAAGAUGAAAAAUACAACUUUCAUCUGGAAAUAUGAUGCUAAUGAAGAUAUGGAGCUGUUUGAAAACACUUCGAACAUUAUUCGGACAAAUUGGAUGCCUCAAAAUGACAUUUUAGGUGAUUCUCGUCUUUCGCUGUUUAUCACUCAUGGUGGAGCUGGAAGCUUGCAAGAAAGUGCUUAUAAUGGUAUACCAAUUAUCAUGAUACCCUUGUUUGGAGAUCAAUAUCGUAAUGCUUUUGUAGCUGAAAGUCGUGGUUACGCAUUACGUCUAUGGAAAGAAGAUUUGUCUGAUGAGCGAAUUCUUACGUCGGCUUUGACGGAAAUAAUCGACAAUCCAAAAUAUAAAUCAGCAGCUUUACGUGUACAACGUCAGCUUCAUCAAGUGCCAAUGAGCCCACAAGAGAAACUGGAUUUAACUAUUGUUCGAGCUAGUACAUCAGCGCCAGCUAUUGCCAUAGCUAUUCCUGUACUUGAUGCUUCACGGCUUCAACAAAAUGCAUCGACUUCAUCUUCAACAUCACCAUCACCACCACCACCACCACCACCACAACAAUCAAUAUGCUCUAAUGAUGAGCAGCCAUACAACUCAAGAUAUUAUAAAUUAAGAUUCAGUAUGCCAGCUACAGUUCCGAUAGAGAUUGAGCAUCCGAUUGUUCCAACAAUGACUUCAUCGUUGAAGGAGAAAAGAUUUAGUGUUCCCAGACAAUUGCCGGAAAGGAAAGUAACAAUCCGUCCUUAUGAGAGUUUUCGGGAGAAGCAAGAAUCAAAAAUCUUGGUAACAUUUGGCUAUGCAGCCUUAAGUACGGAAGGUAAUCUAGCUGAUCCUCAGUCAACAGAAGAAGAGAUAUCUCGUAAAGUCUCAUCUCCAUCAAUAUUCUCCAUAUAUGGCGAUUCACCUGGUCCAUCCACGGUAUGUGAGCAGCCGAUUGGAGCACAAGCCGAUAUCUUUGUGUCAUCAUUAGGCGAGAAGACAUUACAUCAAAUCAAACGCUUCAUUGAAAAUAGUCCGCCAGCUGAAAAUCAAUAUUUUAUGUGGAUAAAAGAUACAAAAACAAAUAAGAUAACUGUUAUAUCGAUAAAAACAUUAGAAAAUCAUAUGAAAAGUGAUAAACGUGUGAGACGUGUCAAAUGGCGUCAUCUAUCAUCUGAACCUAAUAUGGCUUUAGCCGUUGCUGCUGUCUGUUAUUCAGGAACAAGCCUGGAAACAGAAGUACCCGGCCCUGCCAACAUUCCACAGGAAUUUCGUACUGUAGUGAUUGUUCAAAAAACAACCAGAUGGGAUUGGGAGCAAGAAAAAAAUCCAAACUUCUGCUUAACGCAAUUGUCAGAAUAUCUGAGACGAAGAGGCGAGGAUGUCGACAAAAUGCUUCGAACUGAUCGUCAACAGAAAAAGGCUGUUGAUGAGAUUGCGAACCGUUUUAAGCAAAAUGGAGUAGAAGCGAAGAUUGUCUCUCGUCAUGAACUAUCCUCCUGGCUAUCGUGGGCUGACCUCGUCAUUUCGGCUGGAGGUGAUGGAACUUUCCUUUCAGCAGCUGCUGCCAUAAAAAAUGAGCAAAUACCCAUUAUUGGAAUUAACACAGAUCCGCGUGGAUCUGAGGGACACUUUUGUGUUGAUGGCAAGCAUCCACCACAUGAUUUAAUAGAACGACUGAUGAAUGGAAAAUUCCAAUGGACACAUCGUAGUCGCAUCCGUGUUACAUUACUAAACAGAAAGCAUGAAGGAGACAAUAAAUGCAUUUUGGCUCUGAAUGAAGUAUUUGUGGCAGAGGAUGAAGCUGCUAGAGUUUCAUCUUAUGAUUUGGCUAUUGAUGACCAGCCUUUGAUGAGACAGAAAAGCAGUGGAUUGAUUGUAUCAACCGGCUCCGGAAGCACAAGUUGGUAUAUGGCAACCAAUAGAGUUGAAGAUCAGACUGUUUCCACCAUUCUGGAAACGAUGCAAUCCAUGGGAAUAAACAUUCCUGGAGUUCGUCAAAAACUCUCACAAGAGAUCUCAAAGCGAAUAAACAGUAAAAUUCCUUUCGAUCCUCAAACACCAAAUUUCGCAUACUGUGUUCGAGAUCCAAUUUUCAAUGAAACAUUCAAGAAAACAGCUGUUCGAGGUUUUGCCAGGAAGAUCUUUUUGAAAUCCCGAUGUCACAAAGGCUUCCUCGUGCUCGAUGGAUCCGAGAAAAUUCCAUUUGACUCUGGUGCAGAAGUGUUACUAGAGAUCUUCCCAACCGAUUCAAUUCGAACAAUCACAAGCAUGAAUUCCUUAUAA